AUCUCCUUCGAAAUCAACAAUUCCUCAAUAGAAAUGUUAAAAUAACUCGCGUUUGGUGAGAAUUGCAGAUAUAAAGCCGUUUUGGAUAUCUGUUUCAUAUUUUGACAUCUCUUUUAAGUUUUGUAAUCUGAGAAGAUGGCGGAGGAGGGGUCUGCAAUCGCAAAAGAUAUUACUGAAUUGAUAGGGAACACGCCGUUAGUAUAUCUCAACAACGUUGUGGAUGGCUGUGGGGCCCGUAUUGCUGCCAAACUAGAGAUGAUGGAGCCUUGCUCUAGUGUUAAGGACAGGAUUGGAUAUAGUAUGAUCGCCGAUGCGGAGGAGAAGGGCCUCAUAGCACCAGGGAAGAGUGUCCUCAUUGAGCCUACUAGUGGUAACACCGGCAUUGGGUUGGCCUUCAUGGCAGCAGCUAAGGGUUACAAGCUUAUCAUUACGAUGCCUGCUUCAAUGAGUCUUGAGAGGAGGAUCAUUCUCCGAGCAUUUGGAGCUGAGUUGGUCCUCACAGAUCCUGCUAAGGGCAUGAAGGGGGCUGUUCAGAAAGCAGAGGAAAUUUUGUCAAAGACACCCGAUGCUUAUGUAUUACAGCAGUUUGAAAACCCUGCUAAUCCCAAGGUUCACUACGAGACCACUGGACCAGAGAUCUGGAAAGGCACAGGUGGGAAAAUUGAUGCCCUUAUUUCUGGUAUAGGUACGGGUGGUACGAUAACAGGUUCAGGGAAAUUUCUUAAAGAGAAAAACCCUAAUAUUAAGCUAUACGGUGUGGAACCAUCUGAAAGUACAGUUCUAUCUGGAGGAAAGCCUGGCCCACACAAGAUCCAGGGUAUUGGAGCUGGUUUCAUUCCCGGGAUAUUGGAACUUGAUCUCAUUGAUGAAAUUAUUCAAAUAUCAAGUGACGAAGCCAUUGAAACUGCAAAGCAGCUUGCACUGAAAGAAGGUUUGCUGGUUGGGAUAUCUUCUGGUGCUGCUGCAGCUGCUGCAGUUAAGAUUGCGCGGAGACCAGAAAAUGCUGGAAAACUCAUUGUGGUUGUGUUCCCCAGCUUUGGAGAGCGUUACCUGUCCUCUGUGCUGUUUGAAUCUGUGAGGCGUGAGGCAGAGAGCAUGACUUUUGAGACUUGAGAUGUUAUUCACCUAAUUCCUUAGUAUUUUAACUUAAUCUGCUUGUUGGGUCUGGAAUGAGAAGCAAGAUACCAGGAGGUAUUGGGUUUAUUUUGUGUUUCUUCUUGGU